CGUCGCUGCUAGCGGUUAUCCUCCCUCCUCCCAAGUUCACCCCAUCCUCUAAACUGCCCAGAAGGACUCACUCCAAGGCAUCCAAGUCGUAUCGAUCUGGAUCAAAGAGCCCAUCUUUCCAACGUCGAGUACUUUGAUACAGUCAUCACUGUCCGCCUUAUCCUUGAUCCCUCGACUACCGUGAUCUUGGCGACAUCAUGUCUACCCAACCUCUUCUUCAACGGACCGCCAAAAAGCGGAUAGCCCUUCCAGUCCGCGUAGAGCCUAAAGUAUUCUUCGCCAACGAGCGUACCUUCCUAUCAUGGCUCCACUUUGCAGUCGUUCUCGGUGGAUUGGCAGUGGGACUCUUGAACUUUGGUGACAAGGUCGGAAAGAUUUCCGCGGGCAUGUAUACUAUCAUUGCCAUGGCAGUCAUGUUGUACGCCUUGACAGUAUAUCAAAUGCGAGCCAGGGCCAUUAGGCUGAGAACAGGAGCACCAUACGACGACAGGUUAGGACCGACUGUCCUUUGUGUUUGCCUAUUGGCCGCCAUCAUUACCAACUUUGUCCUCAAGGCUGUCUAUGAUUAAACCAGAGCAGACCAGACGAGAUCUGGUGUUUCAUCCGAAAGGAAGCGAUCAGUCUAUGUUAGGCACUCUUUAACCAAGACUAUAAAUCAGUACAUAUCCUCAUAACCCCCUUUGCCUCCUUCCCUACACAUGUUUCGGCUGCGUUCUUCUCUCAACUCGCUCUCAUAGAUCGAUCCCAUUUGCAUGUACUCGCUGAUUGUGAAA